CUCUGCCAAGGAAGGCAGUGGGGGCAGGAGGCGGAACCCAGUCGGCGCUGGAGGGGAGGGGUGGGAAGAGCUCCUGACUGCGGAGGGCGGCUCCAGUUGCAGAGGGGCAGGUGCUGGUGGGAGAGGGCGGGACCCGGUGUCUAGGUUGCCCAGGCAGAGCAGGGGUGCCCUGGGUCCAGCCCUAAGAAAGAGAGGAUGGGAGGGCUCCUGGCUGUGGGGAUCAGGAAGGGAGGGCUCCCGGCUGCUGCGGGGUUGCAGACGAUGGUGGGAGGGGCUCCGGCUGCAGUGGCCCCAGCAGGCGGGGCCUUGUCGUGUCGGACAAGGCGAAAGGGGACCUUCUCCUUGCAGAGGUGAAGGGCUGCAUGGUGGGGGUUCUGAGUCGUGGCCUGGAAGACGUGAACUGGCCAGGGAGGAGAUCCAGGUCGGUGUGGGGGGCGGUGCGGUGGGCUGUCUGGCACCAGUGUCCCUCUCUCCCCUUUGCACCCACAGGCCUCCCCUGCAGAGCCUGCGACAGUCUGCGCGCCCCUGUGCGAUCGCGCCCCUCCCCCGCAGGUAUCCGCGAUGGCACUGGCUAUGCUUCGUGGCUGGUGCAGGUGGAUGGGCGUGGAUGCUCAGCGCUCGCUGCUCAUCCUGGGCAUUCCCCACGACUGUGAGGACCAGGAAUUCCAGGAGGCCGCGCAGGCUGCCCUCCAGCCCCUGGGCAGAUACCGAGUGCUGGGCAAGGUGUUCAGAAAGGAGUUCAGAUCCAGGGUCGCCUUGGUGGAGAUGGCUCAGUAUUUAAACCGAAGUGUGAUCCCCCGACAAAUACCAGGCAUGGGAGGACCCUGGACUGUGGUCUUCCUGCCCCAGGCCCCAGAAUCAGAGUCACAGGAUACACCCAAUUUCCUUGCACAGACCCAGAGGCAAGCAGGGGUUGCCCUGGCAGGCGAGGCAGGAGCUGGGGAUGGGGCAAGAGCUGGAGGCAAGGCAGCUUCUGGAGGCAAGGAAGGAGCUGGAGGCGAGGAAGGAGCUGGAGGUGAGGAAGGAGGUGAGGCAGGAGCUGGAGGUGAGGAAGGAACUGGAGGCGAGGCAGCGGCUGGAGGCGGGGCAGGAGCUAGAGGCGAGGCAGGAGCUGGAGGCGGGGCAGCGGCUGGAGGCAGGGCAGCAGGUGGAGGCGCAGAAGGAGCUGGAGGUGAGGAAGGAACUGGAGGUGAGGCGGGACCUGCAGGUGAGGAAGGAGCUGUGGGUGUGGCAGGAGCCAUAGGUGCGGGAAGAUCCUGGACCCAGCCUUGGAGCCCGGUCUGGCAGCCUGUGCUGGAAAACAGGGCCUCUAUGAAACUGAGAACCUUUCCUGGAAUGGAAGAGCCACACCGAGAAGAAGAGUCCUUUGAGAGCUGGCUGGAUCACGCCAGAGACACGCUGUACCUGUGGUGCCACAUCACAGAAAGGGAGAGGAGGAGGAGGCUGAUGGAGAGCUUGGGUGGCCCCGCACUGGAUCUCGUGUGCGGCCUCCUGGCAGAAAACCCUGACGUCCCUGCACAGGAUUGCCUGGCCGCGCUGGUCCAGGUGUUUGGGAGGAAGGACACCCCCACGACCGCACGGCUGAAGUUCCUGACCUGUGGCCAGCGGCCCCAGGAGACUCUCUUUGUCUAUGUGAUUCACCUGGAAGGCCUGCUGCAGUCGGCCGUGGAGAAGGGGGCCAUCCAUCCCAACCGUGCGGACCAGUUACGCGUCCGGCAGGUGCUGAUGUGGGCCCGCCCCAACGAGAUGCUCGAGAACAAGCUGAGGAGGAUGCGGCUGGACAGGAGACCACCUGGCUUCCUGGGGAUGCUGCGGCUCAUUCAGGAGACCGAGGCAUGGGAGGCCACCGCAGCUAGGAGUGAGCACUUGCAAGUGGAAGAAGGGGCCCGUGUGGGCACCGGAGGCCUGGCCGCUGUCUGGGCCAGUGGAGAGGUUGCCGAAGCCUCCCCAGCCAGGGAAGAUGCUUCCCAGGCUGCCCUGGCCAACCUAGGGGCCAGUGAGGCCGUUCCUGGCAGUGCCGAAGCUGAUACGGCUGCUCCUGAAGCCCAUGAUGUCGCCAGGGCAGCCCUCGUCCCUGAGGAGGCCCCCAAGAUCUUCCCUGCCAUGCAGAAAGAUGAAAAUGCUCCCGCCUCUGCGGGCCUAGAUCAGGCAAGGCCCUCAGAGGCCCCUGGGGGCCCCACCCCUGCCCAGAUGGGCAGCGCUUCCAGGGAGGGCCCGGGAGGUCCUGGCUGUGAGCCGGAGGGCCUCGCCCAGGCAGGAGACCAGGAGGCUGGGGAGCCCCUGGAGGAGGGGCCCAAGCCCAUCCCAGAGGAGUCGGAAAACGAGGACGGGGCUGGGGAGGUGAGGCCCCCCAAGUCCUCCUCGGGCAAAUAGGCUCAGAAGGCCCAGGGGCCCCCUCUCCUCUCAGGCAGCAGCGCUCUGGAGGCAGGGGGAGGCCACGCCAGGGCAGCAGCCUCUCCCCACAUGGAGGCAACAACCCACCCAGCCCAAAUUCCCAGGACCCCAUCUUCCCAAGGCACCCUGGCCACCACCAUCAGCCCUUCCAACGGACCAGGAUGACCAUACUUGAUGCAGAGUGGGGCAGGGAGAGGUGCCCCCUCCCAUGGCAGCUCCACCCCAGCCCCAGCCCCAGCCCCAGCGCGAAACCCUGCCAGUCCAGGCAGCCAGCCUGGGAAGCACCCCUGAGUGGCUGGCCCUAGCCUAGGUGAGGGGCACCUGAAAAUGUGUGCCACCCACACUGGCCUGGGAGAUGUUAGGGGCCGUCUCAAGGGUGCCGGCCCCUCGGGCCGCCCAAGAGGGGGACCCUCAUUCACUGACCCGUGGAGCUCGUCACUCCACGCUCUGAGAAGCCCACUUGUGCCUCUGUAGGCCCCUUAGUGACCCCCCCCCCGUGUCAAGUGGCACCCCCAGCUCCCCCUACACGCACCCUAGUUACCAUUCCCGUGCAGAGCCCUGAGGUGUGCAGGAGCCCGCGGCGGGUGUCCUGGCCUGACGCAGCAGCCACCUCUCAGCCCCGGGUGUGUGGCACGAGCUUCAGUGCGAGCCCAGGCUCUGCUCGCUGUCGUGCGGUGUCGUGAGCUCAGCCCAUGCUUCCUCGGUGUAGGUUUAGGCCAACUGCUGCUUGUUCUUGUGGAGAUGUGUGUGUGUUCUUAUCUGAGCAGCCGCCCCCACCCCGCCCCGGAGACCUGUCGAAGCCCAGUCCCAGGAGAUGGCGGGAAGGACAGAAGAAGGCAUGGCUGGUGCUGACCCCGCGACCUCAGGAAGGAGGCACUGGACCAAGGACAGAGGUGGCCUGCGGGAGUCUCCGUGGAAACCGUGCUGUGAUGUGCCACUCUCUUGUUACUUGUGACUGAGUUUCUUUGGCUUGUCCGAGUGCCCCAUGCUGCGUUUUGCAGCGUCCUGUGGCUGUUCUGUGCAGGCCAUAGGGCAGGUCCAGGCCCCAGCAUGUCGGCCAGAGGGGAGAGUGCCCUGGAGUGAGGGGCCAUGGCCAGCGUCCGUCAUCCUGGCCAGAGGCCGAUCGUGGGGCCCUCAGGAAGGGAGGCUAUGGCGGGGGGGGGCACG